GAUCGCAUCCGACUUGCGACCAGACGGACUCACUGCGCAAUGCGACAAAUGAUCGAAUAUCCAUGGAUUCAAGGUUCAAUCCAGAACCGGAUGAAGUGGUUCCUGUAGAACGAGAGAAUCAUCCUCAUCUCCAUCGCCAUAACCCGCAUUGGUGCUCGUUGUCGCCGGAGCGCAUGUCACCGACCCAGGCCAUUUUUCGCUUUAACGUGAAACCAUCCGGACGCUCGCACCCACUCUCUCUCGCUCUCUUCUCUCUUCUUCUCCUCAACCCACUCACUCCCCCAAGUGCUCUCGACUCAACGCAUUUCCCUCGUCCAAAUCGACUUUCGCCUUUGACUCGACUACUGAUCAGGUUCGUCUGCCUUUUCCUUUUCUUCUUCCUUUCCUGCUUCAUCUCUUCCCCUGACCCCCAUUCCCCCGUUCUCGCUGGCUUGCUGUGAUGCCACCGCUGACAUAGCCCAAGCGCCGUAGCAGAUCGAUCGAUCACUUUCCACCACCACUGCGACCUUCUGACAACUGCCAUCGCCUGCCUCCUUUCCUUCGAACUCGACUAGCUGUAUGGGUGCGACUCUGGAUGAAUAGGUUUGAUUCGAGAUAGGCUUUCCUCAAUUUUUCCCUUCUCAGUCGCUUUCGGCUCUUGCGACUUGAGGGUCCCCU